AUGUCUAAUGAACAACAUCAACGAGAUGCAAUAGCAUCAAAUGAAGAGCCUAUAAAGUAUGGUGAUGUGUUUUAUGUAUCGGGCCAAGUAUUAGCCAAUAAGCCCAUAUUACCCGAAGAUGCGGCCGCUAUGGAGGCAGGAGAGAGAACAGUUAUGGGCCAAAUCCCACUUUGUAGCCCAGCCUCCGUUAUGGAAGCGGCGGCCGCCAUCAAUGUGCAAUCGGGCUCUAUUAGCCCGAAUUCGGGCCCGGCUAAUAAAGGAAUUCAAGUUGUUGAGACUGAUAUGAAUGGUAUUCGGAUUGUCACAGAAACAGUUGAUGAUGAGGUAGUAGGGCAAUAUGUUGAACCGAAUUUUACAGGAGUGAAUUUGACUCCUCCGGCACAAACACCUGAAAGAGAGUCGGUCACAAUUGGGGAAGCAUUGGAAGCAGUAGCACUUUCUGCCGGCGACCACGCCGUCGAUAGCGCUGAUGCAGCUGCCAUAGAGGCUGCCGAGAAAAGAGCUCUCGGCACUGACACAUUGCCUCACGGUAGCCUUGCCGAGGAGGCUCACCAUGCAGCCGCUUGGAAUGCUCAAAUAUUGCAAUGUGAAAUUAGAACUACUAUGGAUGACAUCCUAAGGGAUGCUAGUGAUAAAUUACCGCAUGAUAGACCAGUAACACAUGAAGAUGCCAAAGCAAUAUUGGAAGCCGAGGCUCAGAAUGAUCCAGCAAAUGCUAUCACUGCUGGUGGUGUGGGUGAGAUGAUGUCAGCAGCGGCAAGUUUAAAUAAUCCUAAAUCUUAAUUAGGGUAUUUAAGGGAUUGGUUAAUCAAAUUUUAAUUGUGGUGUAUAUUUAUGCUGUGUUAUAUACUUCAUAUGUACAAAUCAAAUGUUUAUUCUAACAAGCACAUCUUUUUAUUAGAAGCUUUCUA